AUUAUUGCACUAUGACGUGUUAAAGAUACUCAGAGACAUCGAUUACAAAAGGGAAGGGCUGGCCUUUUGAUCCAUUCUUACUGGAGGUGUUAAAAGAAGGAGUUGUUUUAGUUGCCUUGUGUGGAAAAAGUCUGGCUUCGUGUUCAGUCGAAGAAAUGAAGUUCAUUGUUCUUUCCUUGGUACUUUUCAUUUUGGUCAAAUGUGAUGGUGGAAAACAAAAAGCUGCCGUGGAUUCGCACUUUGAUGACUGUGAAGAUUUACUCGAGACCGCAACCUACCAGACCCACACUCUUAUGGAGUUACUUUACACUUUCAAUUGUAAGCCUCUUGGGUGGGAAGGUUUCUUUGAUCGGGCAGACGUCAUGCAAAUGAUGGAAGUCAUCUCCGAGCAAAUUCAGUACGACUCUCAAGUGGAGAACUAUGGAAUCAACCCAGAUAUAGGAAAUGUUUUUAGAGCGUUUAAUAUGGUUUCACCCGAAGAACUCAGGGCAGUGAUUUUAGGUCAAGAUCCAGCUCCUCAGCCCGGUCUAGCGACAGGCCUCGCUUUUAGUUUGGAUCCCUCGGUGGACCCUUCAGAGGUUCCCAGUGUGCAGAGAGUGAUCCUAGAGGCCCGCAACGGGGGAUACUGUGUUAAUGCUUCAGAUGGUGUCUUGGUUAAAUGGGCCGAGGAAGGCGUCCUCCUGCUCAAUACAGCGUUGACCCUGAUCCAAAACGAAAUUGGCUCUCACCUUGAGCUUUGGGAGAAUUUCACUCAGGCAGCUAUUGAUUACACCAACGAAAACACUAAUCCAUCGGUCUGGAUUCUCUGGGGAUCUCAUGCAAAAGCUUUUGAGAGCAGUAUCGAUAAGAGCAAGCACUACAUUCUGAAGGGAGGCCACCCAUCUCCAAAUGCAGAUGGAAAAUACUUCUUCUGUCAUAAUUAUUUCGCCUGUGCCAGUGAGUGGUUGUGUGAGAAAGGGCGUGGCAUGAUAGAUUGGAACCUGCUUCCUCUACCUUGCCAAAAGCAUGCAAGCCGUCUUUACCACAGGAUACAUGAAGACCCGGGUUAUUGCAAUGGGGAUCUUUGUGAAAUGUGGUACUGUCCAUAUUAACAAACAAUAUGUAGCACGCGCAAGCUUGGAGUUCAAAUAAAGAAAGAUA